AUUGUUCGAGGUUGGCCUGGAGGCGGGAACGUUAAUCGAACUUGUUUAUAUUCGUCAUUUGUUGGCCAGUGGAGAUUAGAUGCUGUGCUCCGGCCUGGAGUAAUCUUAUGGAAUUUCGACUUGCCAAGGGCCGUCGCCGGUAGAAUGGGUUGUGGGAAUAGUACGGCAAGAGAAGAUAACGAAAACGGAGGCUCAAGAUUUGAUUUUAGCCGACGAAACACGUUAGUUGAGAAGCCCAAUGUCGUGGUGGAGAUUGGGAAAGGGGUGAUGAAAAUCGACAGGGAACGGCGUAUCGUGUUCAUUUUCGGUAGGUAAAAAUCUUGUCGUUUUUUAUUUGAUCCGUAAUCUUCCUCUCCAAACAAGCCUUCCGGUAAGAAUUACGCUCAUCGUUUUUUUUUUUGCAUGACUUUCGCAACUGCCAAAUUAACAGGAUACUUUUGAGAACCAACUGGCAUGGCCCUUGCGGUACGUUUGAAUGUGACGAAUAAUUCUCGCGUUUUCUAAUUGCAUUUACUUUGACCUAUAUUUUUUCUACUUUAAUCUUUCUCUGAAAUCAAAUUUGCUUUCAACGGGCUUGGAAACGUUCUUUGAAAUGCAAAGCCGGUACUAAUUGUUUGAACAUCAAAGAUACCAACAAGAGAACCAUUUUGUUUCCGAGGAAUCGUAAGCUUAAAUUAGUGAAAAGUUUAAUGGCAUUGGUCUUUGACGCCACUUAAAUCUUUUGUCUGUGAAAUGCUCAUCAGCCAAAGAGGCAGUAAAAAUUGCACAGAUGUUUAUAAUGGAAGAAAUCCAUUUUCACCUUUGUUGGCAUUGUGUAUAUUGUGUCUUCUUCGCCACUUCAGUUGAUGAUUGAACCCUAUUGUUAAUUUCCUUAGCGAUAUUUUAAUGCGAUAUUACUCGUUCGACGCUCUGUUUUCAAAACUUUAAGAUUACAGUGUGUUAGGUGAUUGUUAUAAGGGAGCAUUAUUGAGAAUUUUUGUCCAAGAACAAGGACAAUUAUUUUUUUGCUCUGAAUGUUAUCACUGAUCCGCAAGAAAUUUUUAAUUAUACUGAGACUUAUUCCCUUCACGUUUCACCUGAGCAUAAAAAUUAUUGAACUUUAUAGUCAGGUUAAAUUUCAUUUAUUAUGCAUACAUUUUUGAUACUAACUGUACUCGUUAUCACUGUGAGAAAUGCCUAAGGGCUAGUUUAACUAAGCUGCACUCCAGUGGCUGGGAAAUUUUUAGAACUGAGACUUUAGAACUUUUUAAGUAUUAUGGAUUGACACUAAUAGCACAGAGCCCUUCAGUAAAAAGGUAUACUCCUAAUGUGUUUUAUAAAGCCCAUAUGAUCGUCCCGAUUGCCCCGUCAUUUAAAAAAGUUUCAAGACGAUCCCUACGGCUGGGACAAUUGGUAGUUUCCAUAUAAUCUUCUCCAUGGCCUCGAGACAAGAGGUGCAUGGUUGUCAGUGAUGCUUCUGGGUCGGACAAUGGGAUUUUUGCAUGUGUUUUGUAAAUAAGCCAAUCAUGAUGGUGGAUUUUAAUUGACAAGUGAAUUUUGUGGCUUGCUAUCUGCUUUUUCUCUUGAUUUUUUGGCAUAGACAAGCUACAAGAGUUCCUUGAAGACAUAGUGUCACGUCAAGAACUUGAUAGAUUAACGGACUUUCUCUUUUUUAAAUUGCACCCAUACACAAUGUGAACAUAUCUGUAUUAUUAUUUUUUCAACUUCUGGAUUACUGGAAUUUGGGUGAUGAUUUCUGGGAUAGCCUUUGAUCGUCCCCAUCAUCUCAGUCAUCUGAGAGCAUUUCUUUGUGAUCGAUCGUCCUGAUUGUCCGGAUAAAACUCAGUUCUAUCCAAGCGAUCUAGGUCAUCUCAGUCAUCCGGGUUGUUUGCGAUUGUCUGGGUUGUGAUUCCAUACGAUUGUCCUUACCGUCUGAACAUUAUUUGGGAUGACCGGUAUGAUCAGGACAAUCUGGACUAUCAUAUGGAAACCAAGCUUAAGGUUUGAUCAGUUGUCUUUUAAGGUCAAGUAAUACAGGCAACAUUGUUGGAUUACAAGUGAAAAAGCAUUGUUGUCCGUGUUACGACCUGUGUGCUCAACUUGUCAGGCAAUAAAUUUCCAUUUUGCAAGUUGCAGUAACACUUGACGCAAAGUAGACCCAAGUUCUGCUUUUUGCAACAAACUUUCAGUUUUCAUUACUUGGGUCACAACGUGUGUGAUUGGUCAAUUCUCCGGCAUAAAAAGCAUGGGGAAGGUGGUGAGCAUGCACACUAGACCUCAAGCAUGUCUGUUUUCAUGUGACUAACUUUCAGGAUUUCAGGCAUAAGUGGUAAAGAGCAGGAAUUGUUUCUGAGAAAUUGAUAGUUGCAAAGAUUGAGUGACUGAAAGAGUUCCUGUAGUUGGAUAUUUAUGGUAAAGAAACAGCAAGACAUUAGACUGUUUUAAAAUCAUGCAGUACAAUCAUGUCAAGUAGUUAAAUACCUUUAAAGAAUUCCAUUCACUUUCUCCCCUGUCCUGACAAAUUCCACUUAGUUUGUCCGAUAUCUAGAGUAGAGUAGUAGCCCAUCUUCAUUAAUUUGUAGUUUGGAAAAGAAAAAAAAAACUUGAAAAAAUUUCAUAUCAAAUGAUAAUUUUUUGUCCUCGAAAAAAAAAUUGAGUGACAACGCUCUAUUAACUAUUGUCAAUUUAAAUAAAUUUGCUUUUAGAUGAUGUAGACCUGUUUGUUUGGCAUCAUCUGUUCUGCCAAGUCUCCUUUGCUCACCAGUUAAAUUGAUCCAAAAACUCUUCAACGUGAAGAUUCAAUUUUUAAAUUCAUGACAUUCAUGGUCACAUUUAUUCAUUAAACGGCCAUGUUUAGAAGCAUAAUAUUGACAGAAAAAUUGGAAUGCAAAAUUGCAGAAAAAUUACUGUUUUCUUGUGAUUUCUAGGUGGACCUGGAUCAGCAAAAGGCUGUAUUGUCAAUGACCUGAAAGCCAUGUUUAGCUUUGCCUUUGUAUCAGCAGAAGAUUUAAUUUUACAAAAACUUCCAGAGAAAGCCACUGAACAGGGUCUUGAAACCAUGACAGGAACACAUGGACUUGCAGAACUUUUGAAAAACAAUCCAGAUGUUCUCACACUGGACUGGGUUUUGGAAAUUCUUGAGGAAGAGAUCAAGAAAUAUCCUGAUCAACCAAUUCUGGUGGACCUAAUCCCAAAUCUUAAAUUUAUGAUGAGAGUGGAUGGAUUCAUCAAGAAAUGUGACAAAGAAAUGGAAGAAUUUGAAAAGAGGGUGAGUGUUGGAACUGUUGUGUAAUGAUACUAUAUUUCAUGUUAUUUCAGGCAAGCUAAGUGAGCCUACUGCCCCGGGCAUCAGGGGGCAUUCUUAUUUACACUUCAAGUUGGUUAAUUCAUCAUCUAAGAUAUGCAUGGGAGUAGCCCGUAAAUGAGCUUUUGCAGGGUACAUUGUAGUGGUAGGGGAUAAUGAGAGCUCUCACAACCCCCACCACCACCCUCUCCUGAAGGUUUGUGUGGAGGCUAGUAUGUUAGCUGUUGCAUGAAUGCUGUGUGUGGCCUACAAUCAAAUGAUGAAGUUCCUGACAAAUGAGUAGUUACUCUGCUUAAUUGACUUAAGACCUUUCCCAUUGCCUCACCAGCUGAAGAGUAAUUAAACUCAAAGGUUUAUAUUACAUGUACUUCAGUGGAGGGCAAAGUUUUUAUAACUUAGUUCCUCUUUCCACCAAUAAUAAAACUCACAUUUCCCAUACAUUAGCUCCAAUUGUAGCUCUAGAGGACUGUAUUAUUACCGGGGCUGAGCUCAAGAGGUAGCCUGGGUGGUAACUUAUUUUUGUCUUUGAGUUAUCAGAAAAAUCAUAAUUUUUUUCAGACAGACCUAUAUGCUGGGCAACCAGCUGGAAAUAUGAUUGAAUUAAUUUAAUGAAAUAAUUAUAUCUACAGUAUAUUUUUAAAUUUUUAGUUUCCAUGUGCAUUUGCCUUGAACUUGACGUUAUCAAAAGAGAAUCUUUUAAAAAACAUAAAGAACAGUCAUUCUCCAGCAUGUGCAAAGCCUCCAAGCUCAGAUCCAAGAGAUGCGUCCUCUGACCAAGGUGAUGAAAUGGAUACAAGCAGAACCAAACGCCGUUUUGCACUUUAUGAAAGGUCUGUACGAGAUUUCUUAAAUUAUUUCAGUAUUGGGGACAGAAUAGUGAGGUUUGACACAUCUGCAGCGCAAGUGCAGCAUAUCUGGGAUGCUAUGAUGGACUUCUUUGCCGCAGAAAUGGAUUUUAGUGCCAACAGAGUCAUUAACACCGUGAUACUUUUUUCGUUUGGUAUGUUACAUUAACUUUUCUUUUUUCCUUUGUUCUAUGCAUGGCUUCUGAUGAUAUGCAAUCUCACGGUGAAUUGCAUUAAAAAUCUCUUAAUAAAUUAUAUAACAUUAUUACAUACUGUAAUCUGGAAAAAUAUCCUGUUCUUGACAAGUGUUGUAGUCAUGGCCAGCAUCAUACAUAUGUCUGUGUGAUCAGCCUUAUAAUGAAUAAAAUACCAUGCUUUCAAUCUUGUACAUUGUACCUGGAGAAAAAAACACGAAAGGAAAUUCUAUAGCACUGCAGACUGUUUUUUUAAAAUCAGUCUGAUUGUAGGGCUGAUUUUAUCAUGGCACUUUCUUGUAGGUUAAAUGUUUGGUGUAAAUUAAAUGAAAUAAAACAAAUAACAAGAGAGAACAACAGAGACAGAGAACAACUACAUAGUGUUUCUUCAUCUACACUAGACCUUUCCCUUAUUAUGCUCCAGUAAACAAACAUAAAGAAAUGAGGAUGAGGCUCGGAUGGACAAUUUCAUACAAAUCACUGUAGUUUUUCCACCUGAGCCUCGAGUUGGUGCCUUUGUUUACAGGAAUGCAGGAAAGAUCUAUUCCUGGUCAAAUUGGAAUGUAGAAGUGUCGGUUAUUUUAGAAGGGAAAAUCCGGAGAAUAGGGAGAAAAAUCUCUUGGAACAAAGAAAAGAACUAACAACAAACUCAAGCCACAUAUGGCGUUGAUGCGGGGAUUUGAACUUGGGCCAUAUUGGUGGGAGGAAAGUGCUCUCACGACUGUGCCACCAUUGCUAUCCUUGCACUCUAAGUUGCAGAAUGGAAGUGGAUUGGUAGAUGUAUGUGUGGCUAACAUGCACCGCACUACAUCCAUUCACUAUAGCAUUAUAGACCGGCCUUAAAAUAGCCUCCAUCUUGUUGCAGACGAAGAAACAUACAGGUCAAUAGAUACCAGUAGAUAUCCCAUGAAGGAAAUUCUACUAUCUGAGCUAACUGAAAAACCUCAGGCACCUGCUGUAAGUAUUAACUUCUGAGACAAAGCAUUCUUCGUUCUUUUCAUUUUUUUUUAUUGUCCUUAUCUUCACAUUGGAAGAAAAUGAUCGGGGAAUGCCAAUGACCAACCCUAAGUUUUUUCAGUUUUCGGAAGAUGCCCCGUCUUAUAGACUAUAAAGUGACUGCUGUAUCAUAAGCCUGUGCCUGCAGGUUCUCAGAUAUCAUAUGCGUAUGUUGGAGCUUGGAACAGGCCACUGUAUCAUUUUCUAGCCAUUUUUGUCAAUGAAUUCCGUACCUAGUAAGUUCGUCUGGCUACAAGUAAUUCUGUUGGACUUUCGUUAUUCACUCCACAAAUCUGUGAAAGACAUCAGACAGGUGUUUCUAGAAUCACUUGACCUCCAUUCCAAAGUGCAUCAUGAUGUGUAGUGCCGGGUUGGCUAUGUGUAAUUCCACAGAUAGAUGUACAUUUUCUUCACAGCUUAUAAAUGAUAUUUUCUUUUUACAGGAGGAUGUUCUUUCAGUGCUUGCCAAGCAUUUAGAUGAAAGUGCUUUGCAGACACGUUCAUUCUUGGUUGACGUUUCAGGUACAUCAAUUGAUAAAGAACAUAUCUGUGAUCAGGUAAACCUUAUACUAACAUAGAAUAAGCUUAGUUACGAGCGUAGCAUUUCGUCCAAAUUAAGAACAUAGUUCUGGAAAAUUUAAAGGGCUUAACUUAUUUAGCUUGUGGUGAAGAGUUGAACAUUCUUUCUUUUUAAGACUUUUGCCUUAACCUCUCAGAAUAUUGCAGUCGACCCGCGCUUUACUGACAGUAUUCUUUGUUCCUGGGGAAAGCCCUUACAUUUUCCCUAAUUUAAACCCGCUUGGUACGGACACUCUUUAAUCCCAAAAACAAACUCUUGUUUCUUGCAAAAUCUACAGAUUCUCAUAAAAAGUCUACCUCGCUAAUGCGCACACUUUAUUGGCAACUACCCUUUCCUUUUUGAAGGUAAAAAAACCGUCUGUCGACACAGUAUUUCGAUGUUCUCCGCGCUAAAGUGCAACGGAUAGGAUGAAUUGUAGACGUCAAUUUCGGACUUAAUUUUCGCACAAAACAAGUUUUGCAGAGGAGAACGUUUUUGAUUGGAGUAGUGUAUAAAUGAGCGAUUUAAAGUGUUGCCGUUUACAAAGUCCGCGAAAGGACGGCUUUGUGAAGGUUAGAGAUGUUUAAUUUGAUGAUGCUAAUGUUUUUUUAUUUCUUUUAUUUAAAAAAAAAAAACACGACCGGCUUAAUACGGACACCCCGUUGAUACGAACGCUUUCUGUGGCCCCUUCAGUGUUCGGAUUAACGGCGUGUGACAGUAAUUAUAUAAAUGCUGUCUCGUAGGACCAGGUCGUCAGUUAGAUUUCACUUGACUGCGAAUAACAGCGGUUUUUCGGGCAGUAAAGGCGUUUCCUUCUCCAAAGAGCUGGACUCAGAUUGCUAUGGAUAACUGCUAACACAAGAAUCUGUUUUCUAUUUUUCAGUUCACAAGACCGCAGAUUCUUUUUGUUGAUGUCGACAUUGGACAGUUAGAUUACUUCAUGCACGGUCUGAAGCGGAAAACUAACAGAAAGAAAUCCAUUUUCCGGAAAAAAGCUCAGAUUUACAAGGCAGUGAGCUCGACAGAAAACGAAACUUUACUCUUCCCAGAACACGUUGACACGGAGAUCUGCAGAAGAAUCGCUAUCUGUUUAGCAGACCAAAGAACCGCACACUAA